CACAUCGUUCCGGGCGAAUGGAGCGCACCCACUAUCUCCACUGACCUGGAUAAGGACUGGAUCGGCUCUGGACUGCACUCACACCGCAGAUGGAGUCGGGACCGGUGGACCGUGGCUGCCCGUCAGCGCCGCAUCCGGAGCCGCCGAGCGGGAGGCAGAGCACCGGGCUGCUGGGGAAACUCCUGUGAUCAGACCCUCCUCUGCUGCACCGGGAGAGUUGGACAAAAGAAACACCAACUUGAAUAUUAAAAAAAAAGAAAAGAAAAACCCUAAGCCUGUUACAUGGAGCCGGGUGGCGCUGGGUAAGGGGGGGGGGGCAGCAAGGGCCUCCGGGAGAGACCAGAGCUUCAACUCAAGUGUAACUCCACUAAAGCUAAUGGAUUUGAAGAGAGUGCUGUCCUUCCCUCCAUACCCCGGGGAUUACCUGCAUCCAGUGGUGUAUGCCUGCACAGCAGUCAUGCUGCUCUGUCUGCUCGUCUCCGUCAUGACCUACAUCGUCCACCACAGUGCGGUCCGCAUCAGCAGGAAUGGCUGGCACACACUCCUCAACUUCCUCUUUCACACGGGGCUGACAUUUGGAGUUUUCGCCGGGGGCAUCAAUCAGAUCAACUUACCUUUCGUGUGCCAAAUUGUUGGCAUUGUGCUCCACUAUGCGUCUUUGUCUACCAUGCUGUGGCUGACAUUUACUGCUAGAAACAUCUGUAACGAUGUGUCCAAAGACCCACUUCGGCCCCAGAAGAGGAAUGGGCCAGCCCAGACUCGCACCAAACCAACCGUCCUCAGAUUUUAUCUUGUAAGUGAUGGAGUCCCUCUCGUGAUUGUUGGAGUUACGGCAGCAUUUGGUAUGGAUAACUAUGGCAGCAGGGACAACGCUUUGUAUUGCUGGAUGGCAUGGGAACCAAGCCUGGGAGGUUUCUAUGCCCCCAUGGGUCUUCUGGUCUUAGUCAUGUCUGUGUACUUCCUGUGUACUUACAUCCAACUUAAACGCCACCCAGAGAAGAAAUAUGAGCUGCGAGUUCUGAGUGAGGAGCAGCAGCAGUUAUCAUUUAAUGAGCCAAACCAUCACUGCCACACCGACACCGGGGGAGUUUCUGGGCCCAGCGGAGACUGUCCGCCAUUUGCAGCAGGUGUGUCGGUGCUGGCCAAUGAGCACUCAUUUAAAUCACAGCUCCGAGCCACAGCCUUCACCCUCUUUCUGUACCUGUCUACCUGGGCUUUAGGAGCAUUGGCGGUAUCAAUGGGGCAUUUCCUGGAUAUGAUAUUCACCUGCUUGUAUGGGGCUUUUUGUGUCACUUUGGGACUCUUCCUUCUCAUCCAGCACUGUGCCAAAGUGAUGAGUUGGCCCCGGGGGUGGGGCCUGUUGCCCGCCCAAAGUCCAAGUAGGGAGUGAAUGGGUGACAAGCCAAAGGCAGGGCCCACCCCCACUGCCCCAACCCCCCUGCUCAGGCAAGCCCCUCUGCCUCCCCCACCCGUUCGAGUUCCCCCCAAAAUAACCACUUCCCCAGAGCCUGCCCCUCACAGGUCCGUGCGGGUGGCCGUGAUGAAUCCCCCCACCCCAUCUCACCUCUCGCUAAACCGUGUCCUCACCUCGUCCCAGUCGUUUUUUGCGGCUCCCCGUCCCACUCGCCUCUCAACUCCCUUUAAUACAAAACAAAGCCCCCCUUUUAACCCCCCCCAGGGGCCCAUGCCUCCAGACUACCGUUCCCAUAACGCCCGCAGUAGGGAGGGAUGUGCCCACCCCCCACCAAACACCUCAUCAGGC